UCCCGUCUCCUCCCCCAACCCAACCCAACCCGCUCCACACCCACGCCCGCCUCGACCUCGACGACGCGCUCGCCUCCCCUCCCCGAUCGGUGGCGGUGUUGCUGCUCGCCUCGCCGCGCGCGGCCGGCCGGCGCUAGGGGUGGCCGGAGAGACUCCUAGGAGGAGGAGAUGAGGGGGUCGAGGAGGCCGGUGGCCGUGGUGCUGAGCUGGGUGCGGAGGCAGCCGCCCAAGGUGAAGGCGUUCCUGGCCGUCGUCGCCGGGAUGGCCGCGCUCGUCUUCAUCCGCUUCAUCGUCCACGACCACGACAACCUCUUCGUCGCCGCCGAGGCCGCGCACGCGCUCGGGAUCGCCGUCCUCAUCUACAAGCUCACCAAGGAGAAGACCUGCGCUGGACUGUCAUUGAAGUCUCAGGAUUUAACAGCACUAUUUCUGGCUGUUAGGCUGUACUGCAGUUUUGUUAUGGAGUAUGACAUCCAUACUAUACUUGAUACAGCUACAUUAGCAGCUACUCUUUUUGUCAUCUACAUGAUUCGGUUCAAACUGAGGUCAACUUAUAUGCUGGACAAGGACAAUUUUGCAUUGUACUAUGUGGUGUUGCCUUGUGCUGGGUUAGCUCUACUGGUUCAUCCUUCUACAUCACAUAACAUCAUCAACAGGAUCUGCUGGGCUUUCUGUGUUUAUUUGGAAGCUGUUUCAGUGCUGCCACAGUUGCGUUUGAUGCAAAAUACAAAGAUUGUCGAACCAUUCACAGCUCAUUAUGUGUUUGCAUUGGGUGUUGCAAGGUUUCUUAGCUGUGCACACUGGGUCCUUCAGGUCUUGGAUACCCGUGGUCGCUUGUUGACUGCUCUGGGCUAUGGCCUGUGGCCUUCGAUGGUGCUUCUUUCUGAAAUCGUUCAGACGUUCAUCCUUGCUGAUUUCUGCUACUACUAUGUGAAGAGUGUUUUCGGUGGGCAACUUGUCCUUCGACUUCCAUCUGGAGUGGUGUAAACAUGCCAACAGGCUGCACACAACACAUGGGUUGGGCUUUGUGCACGUAGUACUACUGAACAGCCGUAUUCUGCUCCUAGCGCCCAAACUUCUGUUCCUCUUCCCAACCGGGUCGGAUACUAGAGCCUUGUUUGCUUGAUAAUUUCUUUUUUUCGGUUACAGAUUGUUCAUGUGAAAGCUGUACCUACCAGAGAUCGUCAUGAAAUCUAGAGACUAGUUUUAACUUACUUUAUUAGCAUAUUUUAUUUAGCUUCUAUUA